GCCAGCAGCAACCUCCUCCUCUCCACGGAGACUCAGGCAGCUCACAACAAAGACACAGCCGAUCCCCGCACACAGGUCUCCGCUCCCCCGCCCGCAGCUGCUCUACCCGCUCCCGGGGCUCUGAGCAAACAUGGUCAAGUUAGCCUUCAAUUCAUCGCUGGCGCAGAAAGACGCCAAGAAGGAGGAUGAGAACAGCGAAGUGCUGAUCAUCCCCGAGAACAAGGAGGUGGAAGAAGUUGUACCACUUGGACAGAGACGGGCCUGGUGUUGGUGCAUGUGCUUUGGAUUGGCCUUUAUGUUGGCUGGUAUCGUGCUGGGUGGCGCAUACCUCUACAGAUAUUUUGUUUCACAGCGUGGCGUUUACUUCUGUGGAAUAAGAUACACUGAUGAUGAUAUGACACUUGCUGAGCCUUAUGCAGACUCUUCCCGUGUUCGCUACCACUCCUUUAGAGAGAGAAUUCAGAUCCUGGAAGAUGAAGAAGUUGAGCUGAUCAAUGUACCUGUCCCUGAAUUUGCUGAUAGUGACCCAGCUGACAUUGUUCACGAUUUUCACAGGAAACUCACUGCUUACCUUGAUCUCAGCCUGAACAAGUGCUAUGUUAUCCCUCUGAACACAUCAAUUGUAAUGCCACCAAAGAAUUUCAUGGAACUGCUCAUCAACAUUAAGGCUGGAACAUACCUUCCUCAGUCUUACUUAAUUCAUGAACAGAUGGUGGUCACAGAUCGCAUUGAGAAUGUAGACCAGCUGGGUGUCUUUAUUCGCCGCCUCUGCCAGGACAAGGAGACCUACAAACUUCAGCGCAGAGAGCCAGUUCGAGGGAGACAGAAACGGGAUCUUGAAGGAUGCACAAAUAUUAUUCACUUUGAAAGCCGAUAUGCGGUGAAAACAUCAAUUUGCCACUAAGUCAUACGGAUACCUUGACAGUCAUUUAUCAACAGUAUAUACCUGCCCUUUUGUCGUGUGUAGUUAUUACUUUAAGGGAAGGUUUUGUUAUUAGUGGCCAGACCUUUGCACAGCAUAUUCACUUUCAUCUCAUUUGAUUUUCAUCAGCAACAUUUGUUUAAUUUUUCCCUCUUCCUUCAACUACUAAGUGUGGUAUUUUAUAUUGAAAUAUAUGGAAAUGGUCAUUUAAAUAAGAGAUGUUAGACAAACUUUCAUUCCUGCUGAUUUUAGUGUAAGACUUUUUAAAACUUUUUACAUAGAUAUGUCAAUGCAUUUACUAUAUAUGCCGCACUGUUAUCCCAUAACACCGCUUAAACAAGCUUCACAAACUAUAUGCAUUCGUUUGCGUCGGAAAGCCGGUUUAUAAUGCAUGUUCAUUCACCUGAAAUAGUCCCCCUUCCUGCCACU